GUGUUUUUACAAAUCUAUCUUAAGGAAAUAUCUACCAAAUAAUUAAUUCCAAUCAUCCAAUAUAACUUAUGUUGAACGCACAUAGCUUUUUUAUGUGAUCCUUUAUAAAUGACUUGUUUUUGUUCGAUGAUAUUUAAUGAAUGUCUCGAUCCUUUAAAAUAUAUGGAGCAUCCUUGUUAACCUGAAUAGUUUCACAUGUAGUACUGAUGUAUCUUUAAAUUAUAACCAGCCUGUAUUUUUACACAUUACAUAUAUUCAUUAUUUUAACAAAGAAUUUAAAUUAAUGAAUAUUGAAUGCCAUUAUUCAUCAGACGAAAAGUAAGUGUAAUUUUUUUCGAAGAUGGUUGUGCGAGUUCAUGAUAACCACUACAGUAAAUAAAUGUUUCACACAUCUACACACAUAUAUAUUCUCAAAGAUAUGACUAAUUUGCGUUAAACGAUACCAGUUACGUGAUGUAUUGUAGACAAUAUAGUUUAAAUGUGUACGCUACUAUACAUUUUUGCAAUAGCUGCGAUAAACAUGUGAUUUAUGUGUAUAGCACUUUGAGUCGAUAGAUUUCAUUAUUACUAGUUGAAUGUCCACACCUUGGUGUUAUGAUCUUGAUCGUUACCGUAUAUUUUGCAUAGGGGCUUAUUAUAACAAAGGCAAAUAACGGUAAACUGUUUAUACGCAGCGUGCGAAAAGAAAGUGAAGAUGGCUUCAAAUGUGCAGCAGCUAAAGCGAGCGUUCGCAGCUAUCGGUGUGCCGGACAAUUUAGUUGAAGUGUUUCCAGAUAUUGAGACUGUUUUUUCGCUGUGCGCUGAAAAACUUCUCGAUCGCAUUUCGUCCGUUGAAGAAUCAACUGACUGUGCAGAAAAAAUCUUUAGAAGGCUGUAUGAGUGGCGCAACCAGGAGCUUGUAAGAACCGUUCUCAUCGAAUUGGAGCUACCCUACUCUUUUCUGGAAAUUUGGAGCGAUUACUCCCUUACCGUUGAAGAUUUACAGUCCAUAUCAUUCGACGAGCUUAAGCUGGUGCUUGGUUGCACGGACAAUAACUGGGACGCUGAGGAAAUAUAUACAAGGUUAAUGAAAUGGAGAAGUGACAAGAAUUUGGACUUGAUAGAUUUCGAGGGCAUUGUAAUCAUCGAGCGUAGUGAUAAAACCGAAGUUGAAGGUGAAAAAACGGAAGGCUUGAGCGGUAGCACCAACAAAAACCAAAGUGAUCUUGAUCGCAAUAUUGCCGAUUAUUUGAAACCGAUUCGUUUGUUGGAAAACGAACUAACAGACCAGACAAAAUCUGAACAACGCUCGUCAACUGCUAAUUUUGUUGAAAUACUUCAAGAACUGGAUGGUUCUGACGCGUGUUUCUUGGACAAGGAUCAACCUUUGGAUCGGACUUCGAUAUCAAGUGAUUCCGCAAACAGAGUUAUAACUGGUACGGCGGUGAAAAAUCACUACCCGCGCGGGUUGGGUACUGGUCAAACAUUUAAGCGUCAUGAAGACCCUUUUCAAUUCGAAUUUUCACCAGAUUAUUUAACAACACUUUUGGACCGUACACUAACUGGACAAAAGAUUCUCCAAAGAGCGAAACUUGCACCACUAUCAGAAGCAAGUCAAAAUGAACUAAGCGCUGUUAUAGCCGAACAUCACUUGAACGCGGGUCGCGUGACAACUGAACACUCUCUCAAUGUGUAUGCCGAGGCGAUAAUCUGCCUAUUGAUUCACGAAAAGAAGGAGGACUAUUUUGUGCCCCGUAAAGGAGAUAAGAAAAAUCCUAGCGGAAAAUUAUACAACAAAAUAACAAACCUUAAACAAAAAAGGCGUAAACGAGAGAAAACGGAGGAUGAGUUCCUCGCGAAGCGCGUAAGAGGCCUUCAAUCUGAUGCAUCCGUUGAAUCUCAAGACACAGCCGACGCAAAUAACUGGCUAUAUCUCAACAAAAAACCGUGGAAUAUUGUCCUUCAGAAGUGGCGAGACACAUUUGGAACACGGAAGGCAUUGUUGUGCAACUCGAAACAUGAAGCUGAUUUAUUCCAAAAGUAUCCACAUUAUAAAGAAGCCUUUGGAUAUCAACUGGUAGGUAGUUUGAAAGUCCUCAAAGUCUAUAUCUAAUAUGUAGGACCAGUGACUCAGCAGUGGCGUAGCCAGGGGGUUAAACCCCCCAAACCAAAAUUAAUUGUGUUGAAAAAAAGCUGACUAAUUUAAUUAAAUAUUCAAUCAUGAUAAAUUUGGAAGUAUAUCGUCUGGUCACUUCAUUGAGAACCUAUUGUUUUAGGCAUCAUGAAGACUUCCGGAAAAUUGUGUGAAUUGGAUCAUAUAACUGAUCUCUAAGCAAAGGUCCCAUUGUUGUCAUGAGCUCUUUUUUGAAGAGAUGUUCCGAAAUAUGGAUUAAGGACAAUGUUUGGAAUGGGAAGCAAUGGGAAUGAUUAAGUUGAUUGCCUAUAAACAAAAACUUGCUCAUCGAAAAAUUGCAUAUAUUUCAAUAUUUGCUAAAAUGUUU